CGAUUCCCGUUCUUUCUUCUAGAGAAUGGAUUGGGCCUGGGCCAAGAGAAGCCCAAAGUUAAAUUGGGAAUUUGGGAGCCCAUUGCUGGUUGGGAAGGGAACGAUGAGGGGGAAGUAUGUUUUGAGGGUGUAUAUGUCGGCGAAGCACAUGACGGCGAACGUGGUGGAGGGGAACCAAGGGAGGGUGGUGGCGAGUGCGUCGACUGUGGAGCAUGCGAUAAGGGACGCGUUUGAGUGGGGGAGAGGCUGUAACGCCAAGGCGGCGGCGUCCGUCGGGGAGGUACUGGCCAUGCGGCUGAAGACGGAGGAGGCGCAGCUGGGAGUGGGAGGUGGGGUCCACAUUGACGUCGAGAAGGAGAUCGAGAAGAAGGGUGUGGAAAGCCAAGCCAAGCUUUGGGCCAUUGUCAAUGCUUUGAGGAACAGAGGCGUCAAGGUUUUCACCCUAAAACAUCACAGUUGAGGUUCGUAUUCAUCCCAGAAAAGGAA